UGCCACGUCCUGUGUACAGGAGCCUUUACAACUAUAUUUGCUUGGACCUUGUGAUUCACAAAUUGUUAAAUCAACUAAUUUCGGGAAUAAUUCUACUCAUAAUCGCGAUCAGUUCUUACAAAACGCAGAUCUUGUGUAUAACGAAUCAUUGGCCAAUUAAUUUAAAAAAAGGUUUCGCGUACAUAGUACUUCAAUUGUCAUCGAUCCCUAUUGUAGAGAAAAUUCUCGCGCGUUGCUUAGUUGGGUGGUAACCAUUGUAUUAGGCGUUGCGCCGAUGCAUUGUGUGUAACAGUGUGUAGUAUACAUUGAAGUGUCAUGAAAAAGUGAUUAUCACAUUGAGUGAAAACUAUCCAUUUCGAAAAUAGGAUAUGCGAUGCGAAGCUUUCAAGGAGAAUAAUCUAGUGAAGAAAAGUUGUUUGUAAUAGAGAAGCCAACAUAUAUAACUCUUAAGUUCAUAUUCUGAUGGCAGAAAUACACAAAAAUAAUUCUUAUGUUCGUUCAUGACGAUAGAUAUACAAAAAUUAUCAUCUAUAUAAAAUAUGUGAGUGAAGAUGUCAAAACUGAGGCUAUGUAUUACCACAUUCUUGAACAACAUUGAGCUUCCUAUAACUUGUGAAUAAAGUCGUAAAACAAAGGAAAAAGGGCUUUUUAUGCAAAUAUAUCUUAAAUGGGAAACAAAAUUGAUGAUUUUGGAAAUAUGAAGCUCUCAACUAUUCAAGAGAGCGAAAGAAAACUGCCCCAAAACCGAAUCUCUAAUGAUGAGAUCACAAUGAAUGAUACUAUUAAUGAUAAAUGUCUAGAAGAUAACAGAACUUUAGCAAGGGAAGAGGGUCCUAUGGUAUCAAAUCUCCCUCUUUUAUUUGCUAAUGGAUAUCCUACAUCUUUGGAGAAAAUUACAAUGGUACAAUUGGAACGUUUUAUAUUGUUUAUGGUUCAUUGUUCAUUAGGCCAUGAUACUACUAAGGUUAUUAACAGACCCAAGUGGUGGCCUCAAGAUGUUAAAUUUUCAAAUCCACUAACAAGACCUAAAAAGAUAAAUGAUAAUUGGAUGGCAAACCUAAAAAAAUUGGUUUUUCGAUGUUACACAUACCAUAGAAGUGAAUAUUUGUUACGUUUUUGCUCUUAUUUAGCAGAAUAUCCUCAUGAAGAAUUAGAAUAUGUUAAUAAUUGGGAUUCAACAACUAGUUUAUAUCAUAAAAGUACAGGGAAGCUAUUAGUGACCUUUCGCAAUGAAAACAUGUAUUAUGACAAAAAAAAUGACAGUCCUCGAAGAACACUGUUAUCUCAUAAUGCAUCUUCAUCAGGUUAUGGAAGUAAAACUAAACAACAAGCCUCCAUGAUGGUUCAAUCACCAUGUGAUGAUAUUUAUUUGUGUGAUAAUUGUGAUGCUGAAUUCAUAGGUCUUGCCAAAAUGAAGCAACACGAAAAAAUGUGUUGCGGACAAGACCAUGGUAAUGGCUCACGCUCGCCUACCCCAGAUCUAUCUAUAGUCGAGCCUGAAUUACAACAGGAUCAAUUUCUGGAAUAUUUCCAAUUAUCUUCAAAUAAGACUGAAACUAAGUCCAUUUGUGCGAAUAACGCGAGUGUUCCUGAUAACAAUAUUGUUAGACGAACUUCUCGGCGUGUUAGGAGUUCUUUUAGUUUCGCGCGGUACGCCACUAUUCCAUUCUCAUCGCCCGCAGGUAUAAUACUUGCCAAAAAAUCGAAAGCGAUGACUGAAGACACGCAACAAGAACGAUUAGAUAGAAUCGAAAGGCAUGUUAUUGCACCUGUAUUGAACGAUUCAUACAGACCAAAAUGGCUAGACACAGAAGUAGAUUGUGAUAGAUGGAUAGUGACAUACAAACAAAACCGAGAUAAACUGACAAAUGAUUAUGUGCAUCAAUAUAAAUUUGUGAACUCUUUUAAAAGCAAACCAAUGCUGAAUAUACGAUCACAAUUGCUAUACGCCACAUGUCGACCAAUUUAUGUUAUUCUUACUCGCCUGAGUGAAAAACAAAUUGAUGAAUUAAAGAAGGAUUCCUCAAAAUAUCAAUGUCCUCAGAAAAAUAUUAAUGUACGAAAAGUUUUAUUAAUGAGAAGAGUGGGUCCAGCUUGCAAAACAAAACUGAAAAAGGCAACUUUUGAAAAUGCGUCGUUUGUAUCUUCGAAACGUAAAGCACCAUCGGGAAAUGAAUUAGAUCCGAUUAUUAUUGAAGAUGAAGAUAUUAGUACAACAACUAAAGAGACUUUAAUUACAUUUGCUGCUAUAAAAUCAUCUGUGGAUAAUAUGGAGACUAUAAAACCAAUCAAAGAAAGGAAAUGUCCAUCGAAUACAAUAAUGUUAAUUGAUCUCUGUUCAUCUGACGAAGAAGAAAAUGAUCAGAAUAAUCGAACAACUUGCGACGAGAAUAGAGAUCCUAUGAUUACCAUGGAUUCUCCAAGUGCAAAAUCUCUCCUGCGAAAAUUGACGCCGAAACAAACUUUACGCGAAACUUUGCAUUUACCACGUACACUUAUUGACAGAUUAGUUAUCGAACAACAUGUGGAACGAAGAUAAGAACAAGAAUAAAUUUUAUCCGUUAAAUGGACAUGUAUGUUUCUUUUUCUGAUCAUGGGUACUUUAUAUAAGAUAUUAUUGAGAUAAUAACUUAUUCAAUUU